AUGGAUCGAUCAUGCAGUGUCCAUCCACAACACAUAUCUUGCAAACAACAUACUAACAAUCUCGUCUUUGUAGCAUUUGCAGAACGGCAACGAAAUGAACUCGGUGGUGAAGAUCGGGCCGUUUGGCAGCACGUCCGAGGCCGAGGGCAACCGCGACAUCACCGUAGCGCCGCUGCGCCUGGAGAGCAUCACCAUCCGCCAUGGGAAGGUGCUCGACGCCCUCGCCUUCACCUACAAGGACUCCCACGGCCUGGAGCAUACCACAGGCCAAUGGGGCGGCGACGGUGGCAACUCUACCACAAUUACCCUCGGCCCUUAUGAGUUCGUGACUGGAGUUCACGGGCUCUACGGCUUCUACGGUUAUGGAAGCGACGGCAUCACCGACUUCACCAUUGUCACCAACCUCCGGGCCUACGGACCGUUUGGGGUUCGUGACUCCAUCAAGGAACCCAAGUCCUUCGACAUCCCCGUCAUGAACAACGGCAGCAUCGUCGGCUUCUUUGCCCACCGCAACAAGGCCUAUGUGACGGCCAUCGGUGUCUACGUCAAGCCCUUCUGAUUGUCCUGUCAUCCCAGCUGGUAUAUAUGCUGGUGUCUACCAUGAACCUACUGGUUAAUUUGGGUGUUCAGCUUUUGUGUGUGUGCGUGUAAAAAUAAAUCGGGAUCUGUCAUCCCAGCCCGUAUGUUGGUGUCUACCAUCUGUGUCUGUAGGAGUGUUUUUUCUAUGUUUGAAUAAGGCAUUUGCUUUCGUUGUUAAUUACAUCUACUUUAUAGUGUAAUUGUAAAUCUGUCCUUAUCUUUUUAACUUUGUGAUUUUAUCCUUUA